CCAGGGGGCGCCGCAGCGGGCGGAAGCGGCAUCGCUUGGCGGGGCCAUGGCGCUGCCCGGCGAGCUGUGGGCAGAGCUGCCGGCCGAGCAGCGCAUCUUCUGCUCCGUGCUGCUCUUCUCGUGGGCCGUCUACCUCUGGGAGGCCUUCCUGGCGCACCGGCAGAGGCGGGUCUACAGAACAACAACGCAUGUGCCACAGGAGCUGGGGCAGAUCAUGGAUUCAGAGACCUUUGAGAAAUCUCGGCUCUAUCAGCUGGACAAAAGUACCUUCAGCUUUUGGUCAGGCCUCUAUUCAGAGCUCGAGGGCACUAUGAUUCUCCUCUGUGGAGGAAUUCCUUUUCUCUGGAAUCUAUCUGGUCAGAUCUCUGGUGGUGCGGGGUUUGGACCAGAGUAUGAGAUUGUUCAGUCAUUGGUAUUUCUGCUCCUUGCAACACUCUUCAGUGCAGUGACUGGUCUCCCAUGGAGUUUGUAUAACACAUUUGUCAUAGAAGAAAAACAUGGCUUCAAUCAACAGACACUGGGAUUUUUUUUUAAGGAUGCUAUCAAGAAGUUUGUCGUGACUCAAUGUAUUCUGUUGCCAGUGACAUCCCUUCUGCUUUACAUUAUUAAAAUAGGGGGAGACUAUUUCUUCAUCUAUGCCUGGCUCUUCACAUUGGUUGUUUCCUUGGUGCUUGUUACGAUCUAUGCAGACUAUAUCGCACCUCUGUUUGAUAAAUUCAUUCCGCUUCCUGAGGGAGAGCUCAAGCAACAAAUUGAAACGAUGGCAAAGAGCAUUGACUUCCCCCUGACGAAGGUGUAUGUUGUGGAAGGUUCUAAGCGUUCUUCUCAUAGCAAUGCUUAUUUCUAUGGCUUCUUCAAGAAUAAGCGGAUAGUACUCUUUGACACCCUCCUGGAAGACUAUUCUGCCUUGAACAAAGAGCCAGCAGAAGGAGAAGAUGGUGAGAAUGAAGAUACCAAGUCUAAAACCAAAAAUAAGAAGCAAGGAUGUAAAAAUGAAGAAGUUCUGGCUGUACUUGGUCAUGAAUUGGGUCACUGGAAACUAGGUCACACUGUCAAAAACAUUAUCAUCAGCCAGAUGAAUUCCUUCCUCUGCUUCUUCUUGUUUGCUGUGUUAAUUGGUCGAAAAGAACUCUUUGCUGCAUUUGGUUUCUAUGACACCCAGCCUACCCUCAUAGGCUUGAUGAUUAUUUUCCAGUUCAUUUUUUCACCGUACAAUGAGGUUCUCUCAUUCUGUUUGACUGUACUAAGCCGUCGAUUCGAGUUUCAAGCAGAUGCAUUUGCCAAGGAACUCGGGAAGGCUAAAGACCUCUAUUCUGCUUUGAUCAAGCUGAACAAAGAUAAUUUAGGAUUCCCUGUUUCUGACUGGAUCUUUUCAAUGUGGCAUUACUCCCAUCCACCCCUUUUAGAAAGACUUCAGGCCUUGAAAGUUGCAAAGCAAGAGUGACAGGAACCUUUGGUGGUUCAGAGACAGUGCUUCCGUCUCAGAAGCAAAGUUCAGAGCUGCAUUUUAAUUUCUUUUUUUUUUUAAAUGGAUGAUGCCAAUUAAGUGCAAUGUUAACAGCGCCAUAAUCCGAGAAUCCCGAAACAGGUAUUAAAUUAUAAAAGACUUUUUUUAACAAAAUAUAAAACUGUGGAAAUGUAGAAAAAGUACUGGGUGAAGACCUUCCCCCCCCCCCCCCCCCGUUUUUUCUCUCUGUAUCAUAGUAUAGACUUGUAAAGGGAGGAAAACAAAAGUAUAGACUUCAAAGCACCUGUAGGUUUCAGUUUGUGUAUGCCUUGAAUGUUGCUUUUGAUCUUUUUUCCCAUUCCCAGCAUUCUGUGAACUUCCCCAGGCUGAACCCUCUUCACAAUGAAGGGGGUUUGAAGGACUUGAUUUCUUGUGUAGCACUGCUUGUGCUUGCCUGUCACUGGUGGUUUAAAGAGUCGAAUGCAAGUACAGGCCUUUCUCCUGGGUUCAUGUCUGUCGUAAUUCAAAAUGCUCCUUAAUAAAACCUCCUUUCUCCGAAGUGUGGGAAGAAGGAUGAAUUACAGCUGAAGAAACGUGCCAUGGCAUCCUUGAAAAGGAGCAGUGGUCCGUAUUUAGUAGCAUUAUAGUGGGAUUAUGUUCCUCCUCCACUGUGCUGCUGGGGGUGUGGAUGUUACGGGGAAGCGGAACAGGACCCAUAUGUUUGAAAAAGUCACUCAGUCUCAGUUCUUCUCCCUUUGGCCUGUGAGCAGAACCAUUAACAGCUGUUCCAUACCUCAGUUCCUCCAUUUCUCUUGCUCUUUGCCUAAAUUUUCUGUGAUACGGAAGCAUCAAGUCUCUCAGAGCCAAACUUUCAUUCUGAGGUUUGUCCUCUGCUCCAUGGAGGGGUUGCCAUUAAUAUGGAUCCAACUAAAAGAGCAGUGCUGGAGUACUUACAAAAUAUUCCUUGAUGUUGUUCUGAUAUAAAAGGCCCAAGCCACAGUUUAUUCAUGCAGAUCAGCAAAGGACACAGUGGUAGAAAUGGCUUCUGCAUUGAUGAGCUCAGAUUUUUCUGAUGAAAGAUGGAAUUAAAUUUACUCUUGUUAAAAGUGAGCUAUAGAUUUAUAAUGGUUUGGACCAGACUGAAUGCAAAUACUUCAUACAAACCUCAGAUUUGUGUGUCUGUGGUAAAUGAAAAGGUUCUGCUCGGCUCUGUACAAAGAGAGAAGUUGAAGCAAAUUCCCAUUGUUUCAGAUGCCAGAGUAUUCUCUGAGAAUUUACCACAGCUUAAAUUUGCUUUUCUGAUUAUAGGGAAAAAUGCCUUCUAAGAUGAUGGGCAUGAUGAUGUCUCAGGUGCAACACGAUACAGGAUGUGGCUGGAAGCCCUUUGUAUGCCUUAUUCUAACUCUUUGUACCCUAGUGAAUGUGAAGCUGACCUAUAGAUAGAGACUUAGGAGACAGUUUUACGAACAGGGGGAGCCAGUAUCUGUCAUGUUAACUGCACUUAAUGGCCCUUGAAAAUAAAAGGAUUAACUUGAACCUGUGAAUUCAGAAGAGUAAAUGAAUGUGUCAGGUUUUGACUUUGA